GCGCGUAGAGGAGUAGAUUUGGGCUAAUCCGUAGUAUGGCCCAGCGAUCUCCUUCAGUGAUCACCACGCUCCUCUCCUCCCGCUCCAAAACCGACGAGGAGUUCAUCGAGCGCUGUUCCAAGGGGUAUCUCAAGCAAGCCCUCCAAGGCUUUCUACCGAGACUGCGCUCGGACCCAAAUCUCUUCUCGCACCUCCUCCGAGGAUGCUGCACCCCGAAGCAAUCCCUCUCCCAAGGCCAGCAGCUCCACGCCUUCAUCAUCGCAUCCGGCGCCUCUUCCGACCGAUUCACAUCCAAUCACUUGCUGCACAUGUACUCCAAGCUUGGGCAAUUGCAGGCCGCCUUAGCCAUUUUCUCGAGGAUGCCGAGGAAGAACGUCAUGUCCUCCAACAUCCUCAUCGGUGGCUUAAUACACAAUGAUGAUCUUGACACCGCCCGUAAGUUGUUCUAUGAAAUGCCCGAGAGAAACCUUGCAUCGUGGAAUGCAAUGGUAACUGGGCUUACCCACUUCGGGCUCGACGAAGAAGGUCUGGGGUUAUUUGCUAGGAUGAGGGAAGAGGGGUUUCGACCCGAUCAGUUCAGUUUGGCUAGUGCGUUGAGGUGCAGCGCCGGGUUGAAAGACAUCGGUUCUGGCAGAAGGAUUCAUUCGUAUAUAAUUCAGUCAGGUUUCGAGCGUGAUUUGUGCGUUGGGAGCUCGCUCGCUCACAUGUACAUGACGUGCGGAUGCCUCGAAGAGGGCGAGAAGGUGUUGAAAGGGAUGCCCGUGCUUAAUGUUGUUUCCUCGAAUACCGUAAUAGCUGGGAGGGUGCAGAAUGGUGAUUCUGAAGGAGCGCUUGCCCACUUUCGGCUGAUGAAAGCUGUGGGUUUAGCACCGGAUGAGGUCACUUUCGUUGGUGCUAUCAGCUCGUGCUCGGAUUUGGCAUCCCUCUGUCUGGGCGAGCAGGUUCAUGCCCUAGUAAUCAAAGCUGGAGCUCACUCUGUUGUUGCAGUGAGGAGUUCACUUGUCAGCAUGUACUCGAGAUGUGGGUGUUUGAGCGGUUCUGUUCAAGUAUUCCACGAAUCAGAUGAUUCAGAUUUUGUGUUGUGGAGUGCGAUGAUAGCAGCCUAUGGCUUCCAUGGGCAAGGGCUGGAGGCUAUUGAACUUUUCGAAAAGAUGGUUGCAGCGGGAACAGAGCCAACUCAUGUCACAUUCUUGAGCUUGCUCUAUGCUUGUAGUCACAGUGGGUUGAAGGACAAGUGCGUGGAAUAUUUCAAUCUUAUGGAGCAGAAAUAUGGACUGGUGCCUUCGCUGAAGCAUUACACAUGUGUCGUUGAUCUCCUUGGACGAUCAGGUUGUUUAGACGAAGCUGAGGCUCUGAUCAGAUUAAUGCCCCACCGAGCUGAUGCCAUAAUAUGGAAGACACUGUUAUCAGCCUGCAAGACACACAAUAAUGCAGAGAUGGCUGAGAGGUUGGCUGAACGUGUUUUGACGUUGGACCCCAGGGAUUCUGCUUCAUAUGUGUUGCUUUCAAAUAUUCGAGCCUUGGCAGAGAGAUGGAGUGAUGUUUCUGAUGUUAGGAGAAGUAUGAAAGAAAGAAGGGUGAAAAAGGAGCCUGGUGCUAGUUGGUUCGAGCUCAAGGGUCAGGUUCAUCAAUUUUCCGUGGGAGACCGAUCGCAUCCGCGGCAAAGAGAGAUCGAAGUGUUUCUGAGAGAAUUGAUGGCUAGGAUCCGGCAAUGUGGUUAUAAACCUGAGACCAGUAUGGUUCUGCACGAUAUGGAUGACGAGGAGAAAGAGUGCAGCUUGGCUCAGCAUAGUGAGAAGCUGGCCGUUGCCUUUGCGUUAAUGAGUUUGCCUGCUGGAGCUGCAAUCAGAAUUAUGAAGAAUUUGCGCGUAUGUGACGAUUGUCAUGUUGCCAUUAAGUUCAUAUCGAAGGUUACAGAGAGGGAGAUUGUGGUGAGGGAUGUUAGCCGAUUUCAUCAUUUCAGGGACGGGAAAUGUUCUUGUGGAGAUUACUGGUGACCGGCAAAAGCCGCAAAAGAGAUUUAAUUCAUGCCGAAGAAAAACAGAAAGACUAGUUAGUCUAUUUGAUUGAUCGCUAAGUUGGGUACGGAGAAGAGGCACAGAAGUUCUUUAGGAGUCCAAACGAGCAGGAAAGUCGGGUAGAAGAUCGUUAUGUACGCAGAGUUGGAGGGGUGCACCAUACCUGCAGCAUUGACUUCAAACUCUUCUGCUUCAUGCAUAUGGUUCUCCCAUUCUUUCAGUUUGAAUUUAAGAUAAAUAUGAUUGUUUUGAUGGUGGAUCAAGGAAUAAAAAGAACCAACUUUUAUCAUCAUCUUCAGUUAGAUUAAACGGAUAAGCGA